AUGGCAGAUUCUAAUAUUUGCUGUAUGCCACGUGGUCAUCGUGUAAGUGUGCGCGAUUCUUCAGUCACACUUAGCAAUUGCACAUCAAAUAGUUGUGCUCAAAACAACAUCAUCAUGUCGUACAUACACUAUCCGGAUUUAGACAAUUAUCGAUACCGUAUUGACUUUCACGCUGAACCAUACGGCACUGGACCAUUCUUCGAAGGCACUACUCUUGGUUUCAUUACUGACAAAACAUCUCUCCUGGGCUUUGAACUCACGUACGAUGAUAAACAAUGUACGUGCAAGAAAACUACCAAACCAUCGGGCAUCUACCAUAUUACUUGUGUAACAGAUGCACUACAAUUCAUCGACAAUAUUAGUGUCGGUGUCGGAUUCAAAGCUGAAUUAUAUCGAUCUAAUAGUACUAAAACUGUUGGCUCCAAUACCGUCGAAACGACUCAUAAUUUUAUCGCUCAAAAUUUUGCUGAUAAACAUACAAACGUUCCAUUGUGUGCCUUGGUGCACGAAGAUAUUGUUACUCGUGAGACUGUAACCAAUACGAACCAAUUAGUAGCACUAUCGACUCGUACUAUUGAAGUUUUUAAUUUUACUCCACAUGCAAAUGAUAAUGAUUAUCUUAUUCCUUCUCAUUGUCCUAAGUCAUGUUAA